AUGUACCACAUAUAUCUUGACUCGUUCUACGGAUUUCAGUCCAAGUCGAACCAGUUUCAGCAACACAAGACCAAUGAUGCCGCCUUUGAAGGACUUGAGACCUUAGUUGUUCAGCUUCUGCAGAUAGCAGAUGGGGUUUCACCUGUCGGUAAAGACACUGUACCACAGCUACCCAUUGCUAUCGAACUCUUCCACAAGUUGGCCAAGUCCUGUGAAGGUUUUGUUGACCGUAUCGGUCAGGAAUUCAUAGAUACAACUCAGUAUGGUGGGGAAAACAAGCAACUUCAAGAUAACAUCCAGAAACUCCUCGUCGACAUUACUAGGGAGAUUCGUAGCGCAGAAGGCGCGCUUCAAAGAGCUCAAGACUCGUCAAGGAGCUCCUUUGAGCGUCUGACGACAGCUAGACGCAAUUUGAAAGAUGCGGAAUAUGAGAAAGAUAACUGGUACGAAAUAUCUUCUUUUCUUGGAGGGGGCGGAGACAUCGGUAACCAGAUCCGAGUGAACGAGCAAAACGUCAAAAUCUGCCAACGAAAUUUGGACGAUGCCGAGACGGAUGAGAAUGACUGCAAGAAUAACCUUUCCAAUCUGCAGAGCUUGGUCCCAAGGGUACAGGAGCUUACCAGACUCCUGGGUGAUCUCUUCUGGCAGAUGAAUGCUGAGUACGAGAAGAUCGUCAAGGAUAGGAAGAUCAUCGAACGGACUUGGGUGGCUAUUAGAACGCUUGACUACCACGUCAGCACCAACGAUGUCGACACCUCUCGCGAUGACAUUCUACGCCAUGUGGUUCAGUUGAUGCACAUGAGAGUGGAACAAGUGGAUAAGGAUCCGGAUGUCCAGCGUUUCAAAGAGAACAUCGAGAGACGGAUGCGUGAAGCACUGGGCGAGGCUCUGGUGGAAGAGCUCCACCAGGAGAGGAAAUUCCUCCUCAUGGAAGAUGUCGACUUUUAG